UAGAAUACCUUUGAAUGCAUGUGAAAAAAAAAAGUAAAGAAAGCCACGGGCCGUUGUUCGUCUAGGUGUUCGUUCUAAUGCCCGCCAUAAUCCUCGCGAUGGCACAGAAGCUCCAAGCUUUCUUCCGACGAAUUACCAUUAGUCUCUUUCAACGUCAUCAAUUUUUCUCGACCUCCACCGAUUCUUCUCCCAUUCGCACCGAAACUAAUCUCAUUGCUUCCAAUUCAAAUGAGGUUGAAUCUGCCAUUCGUUCCCUCAAGAGAAAGCUCCACCCUGAUGACCUAGUGAGAGUUCUGGAUUCCGUUUCGGAUGUGCCUUCAGAUAUUGCCAUUUUCCGGUGGUCUUCUCGCCAGAGAAACUUCCAGCAUACCGCGCAAAAUUUUGUUCACAUGAUCUGGAGGCUUGGCGUGUCCGGGAACAGUGAAAAUAUGGAGGUCUUGUUGAAGGAUAUGAUAAAGUUUGACUUCUUGGAUGUGAAUUCAUCUUUUGAAUUCUUGGUUGAAUCCUUCUGUACAAGUCAGAGGACAAGAGAAGCGCUGAAAGUGUUUGAAAUUGCACGGUCAGCUAAUUUAAGGUUAUCGGUGUCGACUUGCAAUCUUUUGCUCCGCGUCCUUGUCUCAAAAAGUGAUAACUUUGGCUCAGUUAUGUUUGUUUACAAGGAAAUGGUGAAGGCUGAAAUUCUUCCUGAUGUUGACACCUUGAAUUAUGUAAUAAAAGGUCUGUGUGAGACAGGUCGGCUGGAUUCUGCACUAAUCCAAUUUUCGAGAAUGAAACAGAAGCAUUGCAGUCCAAAUAGUUGGACCUUUGAGUUAAUCAUUGCUAGUCUUUGCUCUGGCGGAAGAAUAGAUGAAGCUGUUGAGAUUUGGAACACGAUGCUUCAGUUUAAAUGCAGUCCAGAUCGUGAGUUUUAUGCAAGAAUUAUACCAUUGUUUUGUGGUGCUAAUAGAAUGGAUGAAAGUAUUAAGUUGUUUAAGAUGAUGAAAGAUGACGGGAAUUCACCUGAUCUGUAUGUAUACAGUGCUUUGAUUGACUGUUUGUCUGAAAAUCUACAGCUUAAAGACGCAGUUGAAAUGCUUGUUGAAAUGAAUCUCUUGGGGAUUGCUCCCAGUGCCAGCAGUUAUGUGCAUAUUGUAAAUGGAUAUUGCAUGUUAGGAAAUUUGCAUGAAGCAAUGGAAUUUCUUAAUGGAAAUAACAAUUGUCCAGUUGAACCUUACAAUGUAUUGCUGAGCAGUUUUUGUGAUAUGGAUAGAUUAUCAGAGGGGAUCGAUCUUCUUGUAGAGAUGCUUGAAAAAAGAGUUGCUGAUGGAAUUUCAUGGAAUAUUAUCGUUUAUGGGUUUUGUAAGAAAGGGGAUGUUAGAAAAGCAUUUGAAGUUAUAUGUAGGAUGAUUGUCUUUUCUAAUAUGCCAGACAAUGUAACUUACUCUUCUCUUUUAACUGGAUACUGUCGGAAUGCUGAAUUUGAAAAAGCUUUCAAUAUCUUCAAGCAGGAAUCGGUUCAGGCCAUGUAUUUGGAUUUGACGUCUUGCUCUGAGUUGAUUGAGGGACUUUGCCAUGUCAAGAAGAUUCAAGAGGCUGCUGAGGUUUUUUAUCAUAUUGUUUCUAGGGGCUGUUCUCCCAGUAUAAAUUCUCUCAACAUAUUAAUCAAUGAUAUUUGUGAUAUGGGAAAGGUGGAUGAGGCUAUAAAAGUUCGCUUACUUGCAUCAUGUAAUGGUAGUUGCUUAAAUUCUUCAACAUACAGACCAAUUAUGAUUCAAUUGUUGGAAUUAAACAAAGAGAGAUACAUCUUACCAGUCCUUGCACAAAUGUUUGUUGAUGGCUGUACUGUAGACCUGACAACGUACUGUAUUCUCAUUCAUGGAUUGUGUAUGAGAGGCAGAAGUAGGGUUGCUACUGAUUUGUUCAAUCAAAUGGUUGAUGAUGGUCUCAUUCCUUCAUCUGAAAAACUUGAGAGGCUAAUUGAAGAUUUUGCAAAAUGUUCCACCUUGAAUUUGGUGGCUCAUAGUUUGGAAAAGCUAAUUGAAGCUGGAGUUAUGCUUGGCCCGUUAAUUUGUAAUUUAAUUAUCUCUAGCCUACUGAAAGAUGGUCAAAAGUCUGCGGCUUGUAAGUUUUUGGACUGGACGCUAGGGAGAGGUUGGGUGCCUGAUCCAGACACUCAUGGUUUGUUGAUUGGUAACAGUGAUUCAGAAACAAGAAUUGGAACCAUGAGAGUAUAUGAUGUUGAUACUGACAGGGUCAGAAAUAUACUGGCCGAGGGCCUUAAAAAUUAUGCUUAGCGUUUGUCACGUUAAGUGCUUAAAGUAGAGAUAGCACAACAUGAUGAGUGAUCAUCUAGGAAAAUAUUUACGACGUCAAUGAUUUCAUUUUCUUUGAUGUUUUCCAUUGUUGAAGCCAAAAAUGAUUUACAGGACUAAAGUAUCCAUGGGUUACGACAGCGCAAGAAAAGCUGCCAAAAUAUAAAAGGGAUCUGAUUUUUGGUUCAUCAUAGUGGCAAGGGGGAUCUUCCAUGAUUAUGUAGCUGAUGGCGGUCAUCCUGGCAUGCAACAUUUGAAAUUGCCAAAUCAGAUGUUAGCCAACUGAUGAGCAAACAAUCUUCUUGAGCGCCAUAUGAAAUUGCUCAUGGAGAGGAGAGGAGAGAUGCAGAAUCUUGCUUUCGAUGACAAGAUUCAUCAUUUCAUGGGUACUCCAUCAAUGCCACAAAAAGCUCAUUCAUCACCAUCGCUAGGAAUACCUCUGCAGGUAAUAUCAACGAUGAAGACAUGAUGCACUCGGAAAGAGCAAAAAAGCUGUGAUAGCCAAUUGGCUGACUUGUAAAAUGCAUUUAGGUGCAGUUGCUUUAUCAUAAUUAUUGGCUAUUUCUCCCUCUGAAGUAGAGCAUGUGGUUAAAACUAUUUCACGACUCCUUCAAUUCAGAAAAAUAAAAGAGUUACAAGAGUAAAAAGGAAUGAAGCGGCAAUGUUAUUGUAGUGCAGUCAACUACAAUUACAGAUGAUACUUGUUCCUCUUGCGCAGCUACUUUUGUCUGCCGAAAUUCAUGUUGAUGAGAGAAGGCUGUGGUUCAAACUUUAGAGGAAUGCCAAAACUUAUUAGUUAAGUAUACAGAGCUUUUUUUGUUA